UUUGUGCAAGAAGAGGAAGAACAGUUGAUGGAAGAAAGGAAAAAGAGAAAAGAAGACAAGAAGAAGAAGGAAGCUGCUCAAAAAAAGGCCAUUGAACAAAAAAUCAAAGUGCCAGAACAAACCAAGACCAGUGUAAGCCAGCCUCAGCCUGUCACCUCCAGCGGCACUUCCCCAGCAACCAGCACUAAUAAUAAUGCCAAGCGGGCCCCAGCCAGCAGCCAGCAGCAGCAGACCUUGCCUCGAUACCCUCCUCGUGAAGUACCACCGCGAUUUCGACACCAGGAACAGAAACAGCUUCUGAAACGAGGUCAGCAGUUACCAGUGAUAGCUGCAAACCUGGGAUCUACUCCUAAAGUAUUGAACGGCCAGUCAGGAGGCAGCACUGUCACAAACAAACAGCCAGUGACCAACGGAGAGGUGCCGAACAGCAGCAAAAAACAGCCAGAUCUGAACCACAGUGGUCUAGGAUCCCAUUAUGAAAAUUCUCACUGGGGACCAGUCUCUUCAAAUAGUGACUCCAGCACAAACUGGGAUAAAGUUAUUGUAGACGGCUCUGACAAAGAAGCAUGGCCAUCAAUCACUGGCAGUGACCCAGAGCUGACAUCAGAAUGUAUGGACACUGACUCUGCCUCUAGCUCUGGGUCAGAGAGGAACCUCGUGAUAAUGGCUUCAGGGAGCACAGGUGGAGAAAGCGAUGGCAUUCGGAAUGGCAUUGGACAUGGUUCUCAGAAUAAGUUUGUGGUUGGUAGCAACAGCAAUAAUGUGGGCAAUGGAAGUAUUAAUGGGCCGUGGGGCUUAUCCCACGGGACCAUAAUAAGCACAUGUCAAGUUUCUGUGGAUGCUCCUGACAGCAAAUCUGAAAGUAGCAACAAUAGAAUGAAUGCUUGGGGCACCAUAAACUCUUCAUCAAAUGGAGGGUUAAAUCCAAGCACUUUGAAUUCAAAUGGCAACCAUGGUGCCUGGUCUGUAUUGGAGAACAAUGGACAUGCCCUGAAAGGGUCUGUAGGGAGUGGUAAUCCUGGCACAAGUAUUCAGUGCAGUACCAUAGGUCAGAUAUCUAAUAGUCAGAGUAUUAACUCUAAGGUGGGUGGUUCAGCCCAUGGUUCCUGGGGAAGCCUUCAGGAAAGUUGUGAUUCUGAAGUAAAUGGUACAAGGAAUGUUUCAUUCAGUGGGCAACCUCAAAACCUUAACACUGAAAUGAAUGGACCAAAUAACACUACUAACUUUAUGACCUCUAGUUUACCAAACUCUGCUGGUUCAGUGCAGAUUAACGAACUGCCUAAUAAUACAGGGCAUGGGGCCUGGCGCGUGAGCACAAUGAAUCAUUCUCAGAUUCAGGCCUCUCCAGUUUCAAAUGGCACUUCCAUUCCUCAUCUUAGCAAUGGUGAGGCGAAAAAUGGUGGAUCUUAUGGUACUACAUGGGGUGCCUAUGGUUCUAAUUACUCUGGAGACAAAUGUUCAGGCCCAAACAGCCAAGCUAAUGGUGACACUGUGAAUGCAACUCUAAUGCAGCCAGGCAUUAGCGGGCCUGGCAGCACUAACUUUCAAAUCAAUGGGAAUAAAGGAGGAGGGGUGUGGGAGGCAGGGACAGUCAACUCCCAGAACAUGCCAUGGGGAAGUGGGAAUGGUGCGAGUGCCGGCGGGAAUAGAAGAGGAUGGGGCAACCCUGCACAAAGCACUGGCACUAACAUUUCGAACGGGGAAUGGAGUAAACUGCCCAGUAAUCAGCAUUCCAAUGAAAGUGUGAACGGCAACGGCAGGAAGUUUACAAACGGAUGGAAGUCUGCUGAGGAGGAGGACCUCAGCAGCCAGAGUCCUGCUGCUCCUCAGCUCACGGAGCAGACCAGCGCGUGGACCAAAGCAGGUACAGCAGACAGCGAGGGCAGCGCCGAGAGCACUGGGUGCCACGAAGAUCGAGCCACUGCGGAAGGCCAGAACCGGGAGAGAAGGAAAGUCGACCAGCACGCGUUACUCCAAAGUAUAGUGAACAGAACUGACUUAGAUCCACGUGUCCUUUCCAACUCUGGUUGGGGACAGACUCCAAUCAAACAGAACACUGCCUGGGAUACCGAAACAUCACCAAGGGGUGAAAGAAAAACUGACAAUGGGACAGAGGCCUGGGGGGGCUCUGUGACACAGACUUCCAGCUCAGGGGGGUGUGUGGAUAGACCUAGCCCUAAUAAUAAUGAUACCUCAUCUGUAUCAGGGUGGGGAGAUCCAAAGUCUGCUACAAGGUGGGGAGACUCCAAAGGGUCAAACAGCCAAGGGGGGUGGGAAGAAGAUUCUGCUGCUACAGUAAUGGUCAAGAGCAAUCAAUCAUGGGGAAGUGGCAAAGAGGAAAAGUCGUCUUGGAAUGACGCACAGAAGAUCAAACAGGGAUGGGCGGAUGGACAGAAGGCCAGCCAGGGUUGGGCAGUUUCUGCCGGUGAUAGCUGGGGUGAAAACUCAAGAAGUAACCAUUGGGGUGAGGCUAAGAAAUCCAGUUCAGGAGGUAGCAACAGUGACAGAUCAGCAUCUGGUUGGAAUGAGCCAGGUAAAUCAAACUCUGUUUCUUGGGGAGGUAGUAAUACAAACCCAAAUACUUCUUCAGGAUGGGAUGAGCCUGCAAAGCCUAAUCAGAGCCAGGGCUGGGGAGACCCUCCUAAAUCCAAUCAGCCUCAAGUUUGGGGGGAUUCAUCCAAGCCAGUCAACUCUCCAGAGUGGAACAAGCAAGAUGUUGGCUCUUGGGGAGCACCGUCUGCCCCGAGCAAGCCCCCCGGCUCAGGCUGGCUGGGGGGGCCGAUGCCGGCGCCGGCCAAGGAGGAAGAGCCCACGGGCUGGGAGGAGCCGUCCCCCGAAUCAAUACGCCGCAAAAUGGAGAUUGAUGAUGGAACUUCUGCUUGGGGGGAUCCGAGCAAGUACAACUACAAAAAUGUGAAUAUGUGGAAUAAAAAUGUCCCAAACAGUAGCAGCAGUUCAGACCAGCAAGCACAGGUACAUCAGCAGCUACUGUCUUCAAGUGCCAUGUCUAGCAAGGAGAGCAGUUCGGGUUCUGGUUGGGGAGAGCCUUCUACUCCAGCCACUACUGUAGAUAAUGGAACUUCAGCGUGGGGUAAGCCCAUGGAUACUGGUACUAGCUGGGGAGAACCCAUCAGCGAUGCAGGAGGCACCUCUGGCUGGGGAAACGCUUCUCUUGGUCAACAGGCUUCAAACAAACCCGGGCCUAAAUCUAUGCAAGAUAGUUGGUGUGGAGAUGACAUGCCAUUGACAGGCAGUCGUCAGACCAGCUGGGAGGAAGAGGAGGAUGUGGAGAUUGGAAUGUGGAACAGCAGUUCUUCACAAGAAGCUAACUCAUCUUUAAAUUGGCCACCGUACAUGAAGAAAAUGCCCACGAAGGUAAUGAGGAGCCCAGGCUGAGGUUUCUGCACUGGAAUAAUGAAAGGUGGAAAUAAGCAAGAUGAAACAUGGAUCAAUCCAUUCAUUAAGCAAUUCACAAAUCUCACUUUUUCAAGAGAAUCACCAGAAGAAACCAUACAGAGCAAUAAGAUGGACAUGUCUGGAGGGUUAUUGCCAGAUAAGCGGAUGGAGAUGGAUAAGCACGGCCUCAGUGUGGGAGAUUACAACCGUGUGGUUGGAAAAGGCCCUGGUUCUCGUCCUCAGAUUUCCAAAGAGUCUUCCAUGGAUCGCGGUCCUUACUUUGAUAAGGAUGGCAUUGUAGCAGACGAGUCCCAAAACAUGCAGUUUAUGUCCAAUCAAAACAUGAAGCUUCCCCCUUCAAAUAAUGCACUACCUAACCAAGCCCUUGGCUCCCUAGCAGGGCUGGGUAUGCAAAACUUGAAUUCUGUUAGACAGAAUGGCAAUCCCAGUAUGUUUGGUGUUGGUAAUAUAGCAGCACAGCCCAGGAGCAUGCAGCAGCCUCCAGCACAACCUCUUAAUUCAUCUCAGCCUAAUCCACGUGCUCAAGUGCCUCCUCCAUUACUAUCCCCUCAGGUUCCAGUAUCAUUACUGAAGUAUGCACCAAACAACGGUGGCCUGAGCCCACUUUUUGGCCCACAACAGGUAGCCAUGUUGAAUCAACUGUCCCAGUUAAACCAGCUUUCUCAGAUCUCCCAGUUACAGCGGUUGUUGGCUCAGCAGCAAAAAGCGCAGAAUCAAAGAAGCAUGCCUUCUGGUGGUCGUCAGCAGCAGGAGCAGCAGGGUCGAUCUCUUAGUAUGCAGCAACAGAUGAUGCAACAGUCCCGUCAGCUUGAUCCAAACCUGUUAAUGAAGCAGCAAACUCCACCCUCUCAGCAGCAGUCACUCCAUCAACCCUCCAUGAAAUCCUUCCUUGAGAAUGUCAUACCCCACGCUACUCCUGAGCUGCAGAAAGGGCCAUCGCCAAUAAAUGCAUUCAGCAGCUUCCCCAUAGGAAUGAACUCAAACUUGAAUGUAAACAUGGAUAUGAGCAGUAUUAAAGAGCCACAAUCUCGCUUGAGGAAAUGGACUACAGUCGACAGCAUUUCUGUGAACACAUCCUUGGAUCAAAACUCCAGCAAACAUGGUGCUAUUUCAAGUGGUUUCAGGCUGGAAGAGUCUCCGUUUGUUCCAUAUGACUUUAUGAACAGCAGUAAUUCACCAGCCAGUCCCCCUGGAUCCAUUGGGGAUGGCUGGCCCCGUGCCAAAUCGCCUAACGGCUCUAGCAGUGUUAACUGGCCUCCAGAGUUUCGGCCUGGUGAGCCAUGGAAAGGUUAUCCAAACAUCGACCCUGAAACUGACCCUUACGUCACUCCUGGCAGUGUCAUAAACAAUCUGUCAAUUAAUACUGUGCGGGAAGUUGACCACCUCAGGGACAGGAACAGUGGGUCAUCCUCAUCUUUGAACACCACGCUGCCUUCAACUAGUGCCUGGUCAUCCAUUCGUGCCUCCAACUACAAUGUUUCCCUCAGCAGUACAGCACAAAGCACUUCAGCCAGAAACAGUGAUUCCAAAUCAACAUGGUCUCCUGGAUCAGUCACUAACACCUCUCUGGCUCAUGAGCUGUG